AUGUCUUUCGCAAGCAGCCUCAGGAAACUCCUCCCCAGCAACAGACCUGAGAAAGGCCACACCAUACGCACGGGAAGAAACAAUCUCUCCGAAUCACGCCAAGACGAUGCACACACGAUCGAAAAGCAAGGUUCGCCUGGCUCUGAUCCUGGGGGCGAGUCUGCAGACAGGAUAGUCCGCUGGAACACCGCCAUCGAGCCCAGCCCCAGCUCGAACUCGACCCCCAGCACACGCACGCAGCAGCUGUACCUCGCGCACCGCGAGAAGCGCCGCCUCCGCCGCAGCCUCAGGGAGUCCGGCGACUACCUCGGGGUCCAGGGCAUCAACCCGGCCACCGGGGAGCUCGACGUGCUCACGCCCACCAGCAGCUCCGCGAGCGAGUUCGCAUCCCUCGCGCAGACGGUGGCUAACAAGAGGAGCGCGUACGAGGCGGCGAGGCGGCAGCUGCAGGCCGAGAAGAUGCGGAAGUGGGAGAGGGACAAGGAGGCCAUCAGGGCCGAGCACCGGAAUACUGUGAGGUGGAUGAAGAGGAGGUCGGGGUGGAGCUCGGCGAUCGAGCCGGCACUGAGCCCCAUCGCGCAGAGCAGCGCGGCCACGACGCCGCGGGACGGGGAGUCGACGGGGACGGUCGUGCGGACGCCGUCUGUGAGACAUGCCUCCGAAGAUGACCCUGGGCAAACACGCACCACUGGUUCCACACGAGGGCAGUCCUUGACCAGUGGUGCCACAGGCGGUCUGAGGCGAAAACCAGUCCCCUUGUCUGCAGCGGCCCGCGCGUUAUCAUCGAAACGCAGCUACAGCGACCUGAUACCUGUCGAGUCGGAAUUCCCAGCCGUCCGGGUCGUGGUGGAAGACCUGAGGAGCCCCGAGAUUCACCUUGGCGACGACCUGGUGGACCAAGAAAUGUCCACGCCAGAGUCGGAUCUCGACCCUUCCAAGCCCGAUUCCAUGACCCACGAGUACUACACAGACCAGCGAGGCAGCAAGAAAAGCGAGCCUCGCGGGCGUGCUACCAGACCAACCAAUUCAAGGACUUCCGAAUCGAGAACCUCAUCUUCGGCGCUGGAACGUCGAGACGCUGGUAGGAAUGUCGGCGGUGACGGAAUUACCAGCGGCGAGAGCUCCUGCAACGAGGCCCUGAAGAACACCGGCGGCAAGAUAUGUCUCCACACGCACCACCACCAUUACUGGAUCCUGUCCGACUCUGUGGCGCUGCAGUCCAUGCCGAAUCUCCGGUCAUCAAGACAGCGGGCACCACUCCAGAAAGCGGACGAGAACUGCAGGCUGGCUGCCUUCCCGGACGAGAGCGACGUCGAGGGCCUGGCUGAGGCGAGAAGGCCUCCGUCACGCAACACGAACCGUCGGUAUUUCAUAGACGGUUAG